GGGCGGGGCCGCUCCGAGGCCGAGGCGAGGCACGCGGCCCCCGCCGCCGCCAUGUCGUUCCGCCGCGCCUUGGCGCUGGCCGCCUGCGGGCUGGCCGGGGGCUCCGUGCUCUUCUCUGCCGUGGCCGUGGGCAAGCCGCCGGCUCGGAGCGGGGGAGGCGACACCGAGCCGCGGCCGGGGACCGCCGCCGUGCCCGCCGCUCCCGCCGCGCCUCAGGGCUUGCUGCUGCUGCCGCCCGCCGCCGCCGCCGCCUCCUGCCCGCCGGCCGCCGGCUGGAUCGAGAGAGCGGGGGGCACCGGCGGCUACUGGGACAGCAACUGGGACAGACGUGAACCACUGGCUCUGAUCAACCUCAAGAAGAAAAAUGAAGAAACUGGGGAAGAAGAACUUGCCUCCCGAUUAGAUCACUGCAAAGCAAAAGCCACCAGGCACAUCUUCCUCAUCCGUCAUUCACAAUACAAUUUAGAUGGCCGGGCUGAUAAAGAUAGAACUCUGACCCCACUUGGUCGAGAGCAGGCUGAAUUGACAGGACGCAGGCUAGCAAGCUUGGGGUUGAAAUUUGAUCAGAUUAUCCACUCCUCCAUGACAAGAGCAACUGAAACAACUGAAAUCAUAAGCAAAUACCUCCCAGGAGUCAAAAAAAUUAGUACUGAUCUGCUGAGAGAGGGAGCGCCUAUAGAACCAGACCCUCCAGUCUCUCACUGGAAACCAGAAGCUGUGUAUUACGAAGAUGGAGCUCGAAUUGAGGCUGCAUUUCGAAACUUUAUUCAUAGAGCUGAUGCAAAGCAGGAAGAAGACAGCUAUGAGAUCUUUGUCUGUCAUGCCAACGUGAUCCGCUACAUUGUCUGCAGAGCAUUGCAGUUCCCCCCAGAAGGCUGGCUGCGAAUGUCUCUUAACAAUGGCAGUAUAACUCACUUGGUGAUACGGCCAAAUGGAAGAGUGGCACUUCGAACACUGGGUGACACAGGUUUCAUGCCUCCAGAUAAAAUCACGCGUACCUGAAUGAGUGACACAGCUGGCUACCCAGGAGCUGCCUCUAGACUCUUUGCACUAGUACAUUCAGCUACAGUACCACUAGGUUUUUAUCUGUUAAGAUGUGAUGCUGUCUUAAAAUGUUCUUUAGCCCCUUGCCUCCUUCAUACUUAUUCAUAUCUGCCUUUCAGUCCAGAAAAGAAGAAAUCUUUCUAAGCCUGAAGCUGUCCAGUCCUCAAGUAUUCCCCAAAACUUGAAGCUGAUCUGUGGAAUACAAAAAGAUUGAAUGUCUGUGUGCUCAGCAGCUACAAGAGCACUGACUUUUUAUUCCCCUGUGAAUUUCUAUAACCAAAGCUUGCUCCUGUGGAUAUUUUUCUUGUGCAGGAAAAUAAUGAUACGGGAACUGAAAAGAGCAGCCUUUAUCACACUGCAGCUAAAACUGAAGAUGAGCCAGCUUGUUCCAGCUCUUGCAGAGGAAGUGAUGAACUGAGGGUAUUUUGCUGUUUGAAGGACAAAGGGAUAAGGCUUCAGUAUUUGUAAGCUGUUGAGGAUGUAUAUGUUGUCUCGUUGUUCCCCUCUACCCCCUAAAUGCUCAUGUAAGCUGUGCCUGGACCUUGUAAAGAAAAGAGGGUUAAAAAAAAACAUUUGCCUCAGAGCUGCGGUGCUAGAAUUAACUGCUGCUUAUCUUAAGUGUUCCUGCAUCCCCAGUAAGUACUUUAAGCUGUUCUGAACAAUGUUUUUCAGUCUUGUAAAGCCUUUUAAUUAAAACUUGGUGUGUAGAAGGAUGUAGGGGUGAGUUUUGUAGCAGGAAGAUGGAAGGCAUGUAAAGUAGUUAGCUGCGCGUUCUUCUACUUACUCUUAGAUUUGCAAGGAGUUGAGCCUUUUUUCCUUUUUUUUUCCUGCUUUCUCCCCUUUAUAUUUUUGGUACCAUGCUUUCAGAGUAUUGAAAUAACAGCACUGAAUUCAAGGUAAUGGCACUGCAGGUCAGAGGUUCUGCAGUGUUGGAGCAAACUGCUGCUUAAAGCUGCUGUUGCUUGAAUAGUGAAAAAGGAUCUGUGGAAUGUUUUGUCUAGGCAAAGUGUGAGUAUAAACAUCAGGCAGAAUGCUUUAAGUUACUCCUGUGUACAACUUUAACACUGCUGGACUUGUUCUAGGAAAAACGCACGUGGUUGAGAACUAAGAGUCAUUUUUGGGGGAAAGGCUCAGAAGCAUUUAAGUUUAAGGAUGUUUGAUAGGCACCUGAGCCACGCUAGUAAGUCAGCACACAAUGCCUGUAAUACUGAAAAGUUUCUUCGUACGCAUACUCUGCCUUGGUGAUGGAUAGUGCACCUGCUGCAGUACAGUGAAAGUAAGGCAUUACAUGUCUUAAUAGGUUCUCUUAUCCCAAAUAUCUUGAAGAAACCUCAAGCUCACUUCUGUCAGAGCUGUAUGAAGCAUAACCGUGGCACAGAACCUAGUAACAAGAUUUAAUGGCUCGUUUCAUACAGGACUGCUACAUCAGAAUGACUUAAAGGAAACUGGGGCUGGUAGGGAACAAAAUACGGUAAUUGUAGUGCAAGUUUCCCAGGAGCACCAGGAAAUCAUUGUGAUGUACGUCUCAUUGAUGCAAUGAGAAUAAUUUAUCAGUUUUUGUCUAUUAACUUUUUAAAAGUUUUGAAUAAAAUAACUGGUCUGUC